ACAGAAAGGUUUGUAUUCUACUGAGCUGCUUUUCUGUUUUUCUUUCUUUUUAUGUAAACGCGCUAAACUGACGUCUUUCGAGCGCACAUCUAGCGUUUUUUGUAGCGUUUUAAACACAAAGUUCUAAAGAUGAGGCGGUUUUUUCCAUUACACUUUUAAAUGCAAAAACGCGUUCCGUGUAAACGGUUUCUUUGACAGUUUAACCUUACGGCCUCGUUUUCAUACGCGUAAAAAUGAAAGAUGGCGUCUGACUACACCUUUAGUUGAAUUUCUACAAUUUAAUUCAACUAAACCAUCCCAUUAAUGGACAAACCUUUUCAAAUGUCUUUGUGCCAACACUCACUUGAACAUUGUUUUGCGCGAAAUGAUAAUAAGUGACAGAUAUCUGGAAUUCAGAGUUUGGGGAGGGUUAAUCUUCGAAGGGAAGCUGUGAUGGAGGAGGGAGGGGGCUGUUAAACGUCAAAGACAGCACAAAGUCUUUUGCCACGUAAUUACGAGAGCCUUUCAGCUCCAUCUUCUCUCCCAGGGGUCUCAAUUUUUCAUUUACAAUCCACUCCACUGCAUGCCAGUGAGCGCGCCGUUUGAAGUGCCAGAGUGUGUGUGUGUGUGUGUGAGUGAGUGAGCAGAGAGCACGGCGUGGAGCAGAGGAGAGAGCCAACAGCUUAGGGAAGGCGGUGGAGUGUCCUGCCUCCUCUCGCUGCUUUACACACAUGCAUCUGAAAGGCAUCAGCAUUUCUGGAUCAGCGCUCAGUCAACAACUCCGUGGAGCUCUGGGAGUUUUUUUCUUAUUGAAUCAACAAUACUUUGCAGAAAGAGAUUGUACGGCUUUGAGUGGACGCAUUCAACAGACUUCGUGGACUUUAUAGUCCUAUUAAGUUCCACAAAGUUUUAGAUCAAGUUGAAACAUUGCUCCACCUGGAUAAGUAGCUAUCAUAUAGUGAGCAAGGGCAGCUAAGGCAUCGGUUUGUAGGCGCUGUUCCUUAUGAGGUUGUCUUCAAAUUUACGCAAGGAGGACCUGUUUGGUUAACCUAAUACACUUGCCCAGUUUUUUUCUCUUGAAUCGUAUUUGCGUCAUGACUUCUAGCUAUGCACAUGUAAUGGACAGACAAGCAACCAUAUCCAGCAGACUGGAGAGUCCCAUUACAGCCAACCUGGAAAACCUGCAAGCCAAAAAGAACUUCUCGGUGAGCCACCUGUUGGAUCUAGAGGAGGCUAGAGAAAUGGUCGGUUCUCAGGCGGACGAAAGUGUUGGCGAAACGGGCAGGACUAUGCUGGAAUCUCCGGGUUUAACCAGCGGCAGUGAUACAACACAACAGGAGAAUGAACAGCUGAACUCCGAAGAAAAGAAGAAGCGGAAACAACGGAGGAAUAGAACCACGUUCAACAGCAGCCAGCUGCAAGCGCUGGAGCGAGUGUUUGAGCGGACACACUACCCAGAUGCCUUUGUUCGAGAAGACCUGGCACGCAGGGUCAAUCUCACCGAAGCUAGAGUUCAGGUGUGGUUCCAAAACAGACGGGCAAAGUUUCGGCGCAACGAGCGGGCGAUGCUGGCCAGUAAGAAUGCUUCGCUUCUCAAAUCGUACUCAGGCGACGUAACGGCGGUGGAGCAGCCUAUCGUCCCCCGUCCCGCACCCCGUCCAAAUGACUACCUGUCCUGGGGGAGCGCAGCCCCUUACAGCUGGUACCCAAGGCCGGAGGGAGGGCCAAUGCGAAUGCCACAGAAAAUGCUGCCCACAGAAACACCAUGGCAACCUACCCACCCACUUGUGCCAACACCACUUCCACCCAGGGAAUGAAUAUGGCCAACAGCAUUGCUAACCUGAGACUGAAGGCCAAAGAGUACAGCCUCAACCAGGUGCCCACUGUCAACUAAGCCUCAAACGGGGGACGAGAUGAGGGGACAAAGAGAAGCAAGAGACGUUGAGAAGAGAAGAACACAGAGGAGCUGGAUUAGUUUGGCCUUCUGCAGUGUCAAGAGCAGAGUGGAUGUGACUUUUCGCCCCCUCCUAAAACAGUGGAAUUGCAUUGUUGUCCCUCUCAUUUGGCUUUUUUCUUCAUCACAGAUGAAGGUAUGUUUUUGAGAAACUUAAUCUCAGUUUAUACUGAUCCGAAGAUUGUAAAGACAGCGCAAGGUCUGCUCUUUGGAGAACAAAUCAACGAGCAGGGCUCCGCUAAAUCUGUAAGAAGUGGCAGACGGAGCGUCUGGAUGCUGUAAGCUGUUCUUUCCUUGUUCUUUUUUGGCUUUAUUUUGGGUCGACCGGACGGAAAGUAAAGACACUUUCAUGGCAAACAAUGGAGGACUGUUGUUCACCAUUCACCACUGAAUGGUUUAAAUUACAUUAAUGCUGAGAUUUGGCAAAAUACUGACCCAAAAUGUCUCCAUGUCUACAUCCGGUAGAAUAAAGACACAUUUGUGGACUUUAGUCAGUAAACAGGAGACGUUUAAAACUAUCCAUGCUGAUGGAAGCAUUGAGGUCGGAUUACAUCUUUUAAUGUCUUGAAUAUUACACCACUGUUUAAGGUAAAUAAACAGUGCCCCACGGUGACCUAUGUAUCCACUCAGUACAUUAACACAUUAUGUUUCAGUUUUUUCCAAAGGUGAUUUUUUUUAGCAAUUAUAUUUUCCUUUUUAUAUUUGGAAACCAUAUAGUAAUAAAACAUUUUCAAGCAAUAAAUCUAAUACUAUUGUGUUGAAUCCCACAGCUGAAGAGACACGCAUAUAUGUUUUUGCUAAAUGCUCAUAUUUGAGAAACUGUUGCAGGCAACAGUAUUACUUCAACAUGACCUUACAAAAUAUAUCCGUAUGUAACAUUUCUUGCAUUAUGUUAGUCAAAACACCAGCGCUACAAAAUAAAUAAUCCAAAAUGAAUUUUGUUUCAUAUUAUAGAUUUCGAUUUAUCCCACGAUAUACAUAGAUUAUUUCUGACUGUUCAAAUUUUUUUUGACUUUUUGUGGAACACACUAGGCAACACACCCGUGUUAUUAAAAACAAUUUUAGAGCAUCAUACAAUACUAUGCAAUGCCGCAAAGCUAUGUUUUUCUGAUUGUGUUGAUCCUGUCUGAAGAAAAUGCCCCACUAAUUAAAUGAUAUUCAAUUUAUGUACUGUUUUUUUAUUCGUAUUUUAUUUUAUUUUUUGCAACGAGUGAAGAUUAGGCACAAUAAUUACCCCAUGUUUCAAUUGAUUAUUCUCAAAUGAAUUGCAAAUCAAAUUCAAUUAAUGUACUGUUUUUUUUAUUCUUUAUUUAUUUUAUUUUUUGCAACGAGUGAAGAUUAGGCACAAUAAUUACCCCAUGUUUCAAUUGAUUAUUCUCAAAUGAAUUGCAAAUCAAAUUCAAUUUAUGUACUGUUUUCUUAUUCUUUAUUUAUUUUAUUUUUUGCAACGAGUGAAGAUUAGACACAAUAAUUACCCCAUAUGUUUCAAUUGAUUAUUCUCAAUUGAAUUGCAAAUUCAAUAUUUUUUUUGACAGAAUCUCAGUGCAUUAUCAUGGAGUAGUGUUAAAUUUUUCUUUAACAUCUGUACUGAACAUGUGUUACUCAAAAUGUUAAGAACAGAUUAGAUCCUAGAUCUGAUACACAAUGCUUUUUGAGCAUGAAUUUCAGUUUUGCCAUUCACUCGCACGGUUCGCAGCAACAUCUGUAACUCUAUAUGUUUACAUGUGUAUGACGUGAUCACUUUGGGGAAAUUUAGAGCGUUUAAGUUUAAAUCUGGUUACCAAUUAUGUCCUAUAUAAUACGAGUAGAUAGCCACAAUAGUAAGCAUUUUUAUGUCACAAUAUGAUGGGAAGCAAAUCCCAGUUACCCCUAUAUUUCUAUGGGGGAAAUAAAAUACAGGAAGAAAAUAUGUCUACGUUUUCUUACACUUAACUAAUUGCAUAAAAAGAAAAGUGUUGAUGACUACAAGCAAAUUAAUGACAAAAUAAGAGUUGCAGAAUCACUAAAAACAAAAGCUUUGCAGAUUUAAUUACAUCUAAAAUAAACAAACUGAUUGAGUCUGAUAUGAUUUUUUUCCCAGUAAUCCAAGAAUGCUGUAUACAUGAUGUAAAAAUACAUGAUGUCUAAAAAAUAAUGUAUGUCAGUGUAUGUGAAAACUGAAAUGGCGAUCCGCAAAGUGAUUUUGUGACAUUUACUUUAUGCUACAAAUUUACUCUAUAUC